AUGUCACUGCCUGACGUUGACUUCCAGCAAGGACCUGUUGGCAUUUCCUGCCUGUGCCACGUACACUGGAAAAGGGAGCCAAAGUUUCUGAAGCUCACAAAGCAUGAAUCAGGCCAUCCAGCGUCGCGAGGGCGACGUGGCACGGUGUUUGUAAAGCUCUUUCACAGUUGGAGAAAUGGCAUCCUUAUAAGCUAUGAGUUGAAUGGCUCUGUCAAAUAUUUUUCGCGCCUCCAUGUGGCUUGGACCCUUCUGUGUGACCCUGUCCAGUUAGAAAAGAGAGGGUCGGUGAGCACGCGGAGCUCAGGAGUCCCCAGGUGUGGCAGAGCCGUGGUGUGUUUGUAA